AUGAUGGUUGAAUCUGCCUCGGAGACGAUACGUUCCACUCCCUCUGCCCAGAACGGGGCUCUCCAGGUGGCACGCCAGUUCCUGCUGCAGCAGGCCACGGGGCUGAGCUCCCCCAGCAGCAACGAGGGCAAGCAGCCAGCAGUGCAGGUGCCCGUGUCCGUGGCCAUGAUGUCCCCCCAGAUGAUCACGCCGCAGCAGAUGCAGCAGAUCCUCUCUCCGCCCCAGCUCCAGGCCCUCCUGCAGCAGCAGCAGGCGAUAAUGCUGCAACAGCUGCAGGAAUACUACAAGAAGCAACAGGAGCAGCUUCACCUGCAGCUAUUGACACAGCAGCAAGCUGGAAAGCAGCAACCCAAAGAGGUGAGCUCACGUGGAGGGCGCUGGGCCAUCAGAUCUGGCGGCAAAUUAAAGGAGGACCGGAGCACAACAAGACACCUCAACACAGAACAUGCACUUGAUGACCGAAGCACGGCCCAGUGUCGAGUCCAGAUGCAAGUGGUACAGCAGCUGGAGAUACAGCUGGCCAAGGAGAGCGAGCGUCUCCAAGCAAUGAUGGCCCAUCUUCACAUGAGACCUUCAGAGCCAAAGCCUUUCAGCCAGCCUCUGAACCUGGUCUCCAGUGCCACCCUCUCCAAGAGCACUUCCGACACGUUUCCCGACGGUUUACCUCAUCCCCCCACCUCAGCCACGGCGCCCAUCACCCCCCUGCGGCAGGGCCCCUCCGUCAUCAGCUCUUCCACUUUACACAACGUGGGGCCCAUCCGCAGGAGGAACUCGGAGAAGUUCUGCACCCCAAUAUCUUCAGAGCUUGCACAGAAUCACGAGUUCUACAAGAACGCCGACGUCCGGCCGCCCUUCACGUACGCCUCGCUCAUCCGGCAGGCCAUCCUGGAGACCCCCGACAGGCAGCUAACGUUGAAUGAAAUCUAUAACUGGUUCACGCGGAUGUUUGCCUACUUCCGGAGGAACACGGCCACCUGGAAGAACGCCGUCCGCCACAACCUGAGCCUGCACAAGUGCUUCGUGCGCGUGGAGAACGUCAAGGGAGCCGUGUGGACCGUGGACGAGCACGAGUACCAAAAGCGAAGGCCACCAAAGAUGACAGGGAGUCCGACCUUAGUCAAAAAUAUGAUUUCAGGACUCGGUUACGGAGCACUUAAUGCAAGUUACCAGGCUGCGCUGGCAGAGAGCAGCUUCCCACUGCUCAACAGCCCCACCAUGAUCAACACCAGCUCGGCCAGUGCCAUGCUGCACGUGGGCCACGACGACGUCAGCAGCACCGUGGAGCAGGUCAACAGCAACGGCAGCAACAGCCCGCGCCUGUCCCCGCAGCAGUACAGCCACCCAGUGCACGUGAAGGAGGAACCAGCCGAGGCGGAGGACGACAGCAGACCUGUGUCGCUGAUGGCCACCACCAACCAGAAUGUGACGAUUCCCGACGACAGGGACCUGGAGGAGGAGCUGCCAGUGGAAGACUUGUCCUAAGGACUCCUUCCUCCUCCCCACCGAGGGGCAAACCCUUCCCACCCUCCCGGCCGGAGACCAAGCGACGCUCCCACCUCCCCAAGGUGACCUUCGGCGUUAACCUGUUCUUUAAAGGCACUUCCACAAAGCAAAAGGGUUUCCUUGGGGCAACGACCCGUUGCUGCCG